AUGCAUGUAUCUAGAACUGAAUGUUCGAUUUUUCUUACUGAUAACGUUGUAAUUUUUUUUAGGUCUAAUCUAGACUGUCUUGGUUCAUCUCUCUACAAAAAAUCGCUAGAAUGCUCUAUCAAAAAGUUCAAAAACACUUAUAAACCAUCAAAAAAUGACGUUGAAAAACAUUCAAGUGUGGAAAAAAAGAAAAAAUUAACUUCAAGAUUAAUUGAAAGAAACAAACUGGAUAAAGAAAAAGAUGUACAUAAAUGUGAAAUUUGUGGAAUGAAUUUCGACCGAAAAAGCAAACUAAUAAGUCACAUGUUUAAGCACAGCAAUUUAAAACCCUAUAAAUGUAAUAUAUGUUUAAAAGUAUUUAAAACGAAUACAUAUUUAUCGAAGCAUAUGGAAAUUCACGAUGAAUCAAGCCAAUAUUACUCUUGUAGUGUUUGUGACUUUCAAGCACGAUCUAAGUCUUAUCUAAAAGUCCAUUAUAUUAGAAAACACACGCAAGAGUAUAAAUUUAACUGUGUGCAGUGUGGAAAAAUGUUCAAAGUCCAGUCAGACUACACAACUCACAUGAAAGAUCAUGAUAUGGAGUCUUGCGUGUGUGAUAUUUGUGGUGGCUCUUAUUCUAACAAAAGUUCUCUCUAUUUUCACAAACACUAUAAGCAUGUAUCAACGAUAAAAGAAUUUGAGUGCUCAACUUGCAAGAAGCGAUUUAAAAAUCAAAAAAAUUUAAAUAGUCACAUAGAACUUCAUAAUAUGAAGUAUGUCUGCGAGCAAUGUGGAAUGGAAUUCAGCUUUAAAUAUGGACUGACAAAGCAUUUGAGAACACACUCGGGUGAGAAAUUAUAUUUGUGUGCAAUUUGUGGGAAAACAUUCAGCUGUUUGAGCUCCCAAAAGAUCCAUCUACUUAAACAUGCUGGAGAAAGGCCAUACGUCUGUGAUAUUUGUGGUCAGAGCUUCACCCAACGUUCCCCUAUGAUGUUACAUCGAAAAAAACAUCCAGGAGUUCAUCCACCACCUCCACCCAUUAAAAUUACUAGUCUUCUACACGGAGUGCAAGAGAAAAUUACAACAAGCAAAAAAACAAAGGAAUAAAUCCAACGGUUUUUUGAAACUAAGUAUUAUUACUCAAGACUGUCAUUGUUUGUAUUUGAUAUUUUUUUCUUUCAGUUCAAUACACUUUUGAAAGCUGUGAUAUUAGAAAAUAAUCAUAAAUCAAUUAUUUAUUAUUUCAAUUAUAAUGUAAUAAAAAUGAAAUAAAAAAUAAUAUUAACGACAUGGUCUACUAGUUCAUUAGAUUUGUUAGCAUAGAAGUGAUGUUAGUGAUGUGAUAGCUGAAAUAAUUAUGUGUUCAAAAUAUAUAUAUAAUUCUGGAGAACAUAAAUCAUUCUUCGAAAGAAGUUGAUUGCUGGAUUGAAUCAAGUGAGAUAAAAAAGACCUUUGAGACGAAAAAAAUUUGUAAAUGUGACACAUGUGGCUAUAAAUGUCGGAAAGAAAGUACUUUGAA